UAAAGAGCCAACAAAAAUUCAUUAUAUUCCAUUUUUUUUCUCUCUCUCCUUUUUAUUCGUCUGAAGUCCUGGAAUCCAAAGUGACUUGCUGUCUGCCGCUGCAGUUAGCUAAGAUGCAGGUCGGUGUCGCAAUAAUAUGGCUAUCAAUUUGACAAGCUGACACCCUACAGGAUGCCAAAGAAAUUUCAAGGAGAGAACAGCAAGGCUGUUCAAGCUCGUGUACGUAAAGAAGCUAAACGCCAAGAAGAAAUACAACGGAAAAAUAAGGAAGCAGAAGACAAGCUUUGGGAGGACAAUGAUAAAAAUUCAACCCGGAAGCAACAGAGAAAAGAAGACCGAGAUCGUAAGCGUAUUGAGACCUUAGAACGUAAGCAACAACUGAAACAGUUACAUGAUGAAGAAAUGAAUAGUCUAAAGGGGAAAACCAGUGUUACUUCAAACAAGAUAACCAGGGCUCAGAUUGAGGGUACUUUGAUUGCACAAGCAACUCCAAAGAAAAGAGAAACUUCACCUGAUUUUGAUCUUCCUCCCCUGGAAGAAAAUUUAAACAGAGCCGUAACCGAUAGCUUAGAAGCUAGAACUGUUGACGAAGCUCUGUCUUUACUCAGUGUAAAGGAACCAGAUGUUGACAGACAUCCUGAAAAGCGUGUCAAAGCUGCUUACAACAAAUUUGAAGAGAGACGAUUGCCUAUUCUGAAGCAGGAAAAUCCAAACAUGCGUUUGUCACAAUUGAAGCACAUGCUGAAAAAAGAAUGGAUGAAGUCUUCUGAGAAUCCCAUGAUUCAGUGCCUUUCUGCCAACUGAAACUGGAUACUGAAUAGAUUUCUUGAUUGUCUAAAUUGGAAUAUGACUAGCUGUUCGCAUUGUGGGCUGAAAUAAAUUAAAUUAUGCUUAUCUACAACAUCACACAAAUACACACUUACCUACAUACAUUUUGAAAUGCUAUCAGAAAUUUCUGGCAGUAUUCCUUGUCAGAUAUUUGCGUGCACACACACAUGCAUGUGCAUGCACAUACAUGUAUAUACAGGAGACUUAACAUUCCCAGAACUUUAGGCUUCAAGUUUAGACUAAUUUAUUUUUACUGACUUUGUAAAGAUUCUUGUUUGAAAUCCAAGAAUUUCUUUAAAAAGAAAAGAUCUUUGUAUUCUAACUACUCUGUAAAUUGUCCAAGAAAUAUUGUUGGUUAUGUAAACCUGCACAAUUAUUGAAUGAAAAUUUCUAAAAUGUCUUCUUGAAUCUGAACAAAUAUACCUGCCUUGUGCGGGCCUGGGCUGCAGUCAAAUUAGAAAUGCUAAGUUUUUGGGGAUUUUUUUGUUUUGUUUUUGUGUGUCACAUUCCUUAAUAACUUCUUUAGUCUUUUUUCCAGUACAAAAGUAUGAAAUUCCCACCAAAAGAAAGCUGACAUUUGAAAUAAUCUCUGAACGGUUUCUAUUUAUUAAUAAAUUAAGUUAGAAUUGAAAUCGUAACAGUUUUAAAAUGACGAAUCAACAAAAUGAUUGCUUCUUUGUGUUUUUGUUCUUGAAUUACAUCUGACAUUAAACAAUUGGGGUUUCUCUGAAGGGAAAGCUAAAGAUUGAUUUGUAUAAGAAAUAUAGUGGCUACAUCAGAACUGUAA